AUGCGAGUACAAGCACUUGAUUUGGAAUUAAUCCCGAUCAAGCGGUCUCGUCAAACUCUCGCCUCCAUUCUUUCCGUAGCUUUUCCAAUAAUAUUGCUCCACGACAUAAGGCCUGGCUCAACUCAUCCUAUUCUACUGCCACCGACGCCUCCCGCUACGGUGACGGAAUCAAGAGGCUUCACCUCAGACGAGAAGUCCGCUAUUGGAACCCCGUCGUGUAAUAUAGACAAUCCCGGCACCGAAGGCUCAAGGAUGUACCCGUUACCCCCGCCCUCAAACCCUAAUAACAACAAGGUUCAGCAAGAAGACCUGAAGACACCAGACAAACACAUCGUACGGGAUCCACGAUUAAUACGUCUGACCGGAGUUCACCCCUUCAAUGUCGAGCCACCCUUAAGUGACCUUUACAACGAGGGCUUCUUAACGUCCAAAGACCUCCACUACGUUCGCAAUCACGGGUAUGUGCCCAAGGUGGAAGAUGAUGAAGUCAUGGACUGGGAAUUCACAGUGGAGGGCAUGGUGGAAAACCCGAUCAAGAUGAGCGUGGCCUCCCUAGUCAAGGAUUACGAGCAGGUCACAUAUCCCGUCACACUUGUGUGUGCCGGCAAUCGAAGGAAGGAACAGAACGUUGUUAGGAAAACAAAGGGGUUCUCAUGGGGAGCGGCUGGAUUAUCGACAGCGUUGUGGACCGGCGUCCUCAUUCGCAACGUGUUGACUAGGGCGAUGCCGCAACGAGGUGCGAGGUACGUUUGCUUCGAGGGCGCCGAUAAAUUACCCAAUGGUUGUUACGGGACUUCCAUCAAAUUGAACUGGUGCAUGGAUCCAAACCGGGGCGUCAUGAUUGCGCAUGGCAUGAACGGCGAACCCCUCCCUCCCGACCACGGCAAACCAGUACGAAUCAUUAUUCCUGGCCAAAUUGGUGGACGCAGCAUGAAGUGGUUGACGAGGAUCAUCUUGACUGAGGCACCUAGUGACAACUGGUACCACAUCUACGAUAACAGAGUGUUACCGACAACGGUCGACCCCGAGCAGAGCGCCAACCUUCCGGAUGUCUGGAAAGAUGAGCGGUACGCAAUUUAUGACCUGAACACAAACAGUGCGCCUGCCUACCCAGCGCAUGGAGAGAGGCUAGACCUGAACAACGGUCUAGAGUGCUACAAUCUGCGAGGUUAUGCUUAUAGCGGUGGAGGCAAGCGAAUAACCAGGGUCGAGAUCACACUCGACAAGGGGAAGACGUGGAACCUAGCAAACAUAACAUACUCAGAGGAUGAGUACCGCUUAGCCCCUGAGGGUGAACAGCUAUAUGGAGGACGUCUUGACGUGUCUUGGAGGGAAAGUUGUUUCUGCUGGUGCUUCUGGAAUUUGGAGAUCCCUGUGGCAGCACUGCAAACUGCGGACGACUUCAUGGUUCGAGCAAUGGACGAAGGCAUGAUGGUGCAGCCCCGCGACAUGUACUGGAGUGUACUGGGCAUGAUGAAUAACCCCUGGUUCCGGGUCGUGAUUCACAAGGAGGCACACGGGCUCAGGUUUGAGCACCCUACGCAACCUACCCUCUCGUCUUUUGGCUGGAUGGAGCGGGUGAAGAAGACUGGAGACAAUCUAACGAAUGGCUACUGGGGCGAAAAGGUGUCUAGGGAAGAACAGGAUGAGGUAAAAGCAAUGCCAGACGAGGAAAUAAGUAUCAUUAACCAAGUCAUUCACCGAAAUAUAACCAUAGACGAAUUGCGGAAACAUGAAGGCAAACUUGAGCCUUGGUUCUUGGUGAACGGCCAGGUCUACGAUGGCACCAAAUUCCUUGAGGGGCACCCUGGUGGCGCGGCCUCCAUAUUUGGUGCCGCCGGUCAGGAUGUCACCGAAGAGUUUAUGGCUAUCCAUAGUGAGAAUGCCAAGGCGAUGAUGUCCGAUUACCAUAUCGGGUCCCUCGACAAAGCCUCCAAAGGUAUUGUCGCCAGCGGCGAACCCGUAGUACCGGCCAAGGACGCGCCGCCGCGGGCCACCUUUCUAGAAGCUAAAUCAUGGUCCAGGGCCAUCCUGUCGACCAAGAUGCGCGUCUCACACGAUACUAAAAUUAUUACUUUCACGCUGGAGCACCCGGACCAGGUAAUAGGCCUGCCCGUUGGCCAGCAUUUGAUGAUGCGGCUGCUCGACCCUGUGUCGCGCGACACUAUCAUUCGCUCUUAUACGCCCAUCUCGGAGGUCACCGAAAAGGGAAAGCUGCACGUCCUCGUCAAGGUGUACUAUGAUACGCCUGAGUGCAAAGGCGGCCGCAUGACGCAGGCUCUUGACAGCAUCUCCGUGGGGCAUUGGGUCGACUUUAAGGGCCCGAUGGGCAAGUUUGUCUACCUCGGCCGCGGCCUCUGCAGCGUCUCGGGCGUGGAGCGCAGGGUAAAGCGUUUCAUCAUGGUGUGCGCCGGGACGGGCAUCACGCCAAUAUUCCAGGUUUUCCGGGCCGUCAUGCGGGAUUCCGGGGACAACACGUUCUGUCUUGUGCUUGAUGGCAAUCGAGUCGAGGAGGAUAUCCUUUGCAAGAAGGAGAUGGACGAUAUGGUCCUGGGCCAGGAGCACAGGUGCAGAUUAUUGUAUGUGCUGACGAAACCGGGGCCUGACUGGAAGGGGCUUAAGGGUCGCAUGGGGAAGGAGUUGUUCGAGAGGGAAGUCGAACCGCGUAGGCCGCCAAAAGAAGGGGAGCAUGGGGAAAUGGUGCUUAUAUGUGGGCCCGAGGCCAUGCAGAAGAGCGUGCAUGAGUCUUUCCUGGGCAUGGGGUGGAAAGGUGAGGAUCUGUUGUUCUUCUGA